AUGGCCGCCGUCAACGUCAUAGUCUUCGGCGCGACAGGCGACGUCGGGUCCCACGCCGCUCGCACCGCCCAGCAACUAGGCGCCAACGUCUUCCUCGCCGUCCGCGACCUCGCCAAGCCCGUCCCCGGCCUCACCGCCGAGCAGGAGAAGGCCGGCCGCUUCGAGCGGGUCAAGGCCGACCUCAACGACGCCGAGUCGGUGGGCGCAGCCGUGACCUCCACCAAAGCCACUCGCGCGCUCAUCUACCUGGCGCACGGCCCGGACCAUGGCAUGAAAGCCUGCAUCCCCGCGCUCAAGUCGGCCGGCAUCGAGUUCGUCGUCUUCCUCAGCAGCUACAGCGUCAGGGGCCGUCCGGCCGAGACGUCGAGCGAUGAUUAUAUCUCAUACGCCCAUGCCCUGGUUGAGCUGACCCUGGCGGAGACGUUUGGAGAGCAGAACUACGUCGCUGUGAGGCCGGCCUUCUUCGCCAGCAACAUCCUGUGGUGGAGCGAGGAGAUCAGGUCCGGCGACGCGAGGAUCCCGUACCCGGACGCCUUGUUCGAUUGGAUUGCGCCCGCCGACAUCGGGAGAGUCUGCGGCACCAUUCUCGCAAAGCCCGAGGCUGCCACGGGAGAUGGUGACGAGCGAAGCGUCGUGUUCCUUGUCGGACCACAGCAAAUGUCGCAGAGGGAUGCUUUGGCAAUCAUUGGAAGGGCAAUCGGCAAGGAUAUCUCCGUGACAGCAGUAAGCGAUGACGAGGGUGUGGCACUGAUGAAGAAGAUGGGUGUGCCAGAAGGGGUCGCACGUUCUGCUAUGAAUCAGUGGAGCAAGAUGAAUGAGGGUAGUGAUUGGUACCGGGGCAGUGCCUACGAGAAGGCACUCAGAAACAUCGAGGCUAUCACCGAAAGGAAGCCCCUGGAUUUUGCAGCUUGGGCAGAUGAGAACAAGCAGAAGCCUGGUACGGAGUGGUUCCCCAAGGACGCGUGCGAGUGGCCGGACCGAUGGGUCCGCGCCGGCGACGCGGUGGGCAUGACGUUGCAGGCGACGAGCAGCACGAGCGGGCUGACCGUCGUCGAGAACCUAACCACUGGCCGGCCCGAGAGCCACCGGUUCGCCAACCAGCGCGAGCUGUGCGGCUUCAACGCCGAGUGGAUCGUCGAGGACUUAUCGUACGACGGGUAG